UCUCCAUAUCUCUUCUUUUCGCUCUUCGUAUUGUUGCAGAAGCUCGUCCGUCCCAUUGGAUCAGCCACCUCAACCGAAUCGUUUUUCUGCGAACGAUCCGAGCCCGCGUCGGCGCCAUCUCUCGAUCUCUCUCCCUCUCGCCGCCGUGCCGAUUCCGGCGUCGGCGAUCCAGCGCCUCGUUCUCUCGCUAGGGUUCCGGUUCCAUUCCGUUCGGUCCCGCCUCGGGAGUCCCAGUCCCCUUUCAUGGCCGGCAACUACCACCGUGGCGGCCCGUUGUACGGCGGCGCCUCCGCCCCCUACCGAUCCCAGGAGGGGCUCAGCACGAGACCCGCGGGCGGCUCCGAUGAAGUCCAGUUGCGGAUCGACCCGAUGCAUGGGGAAUUGGAUGACGAGAUCACCGGCCUCCGCAAGCAAGUUCGCCAAUUGAGAAACGUUGCACAAGAUAUAGAGACAGAAGCAAAAUUUCAGAAUGAUCUGCUCAAUCAGCUGCAAAUGACGCUGAUCAAAGCACAAGCAGGUGUUAAGAACAAUGUGCGGAGGCUGAACAAGAGCAUAGUUCAAUAUGGUUCAAGUAAUGUCGUCCAUGUUGUGGCUUUUGCAUUGGUUUGCUUCUUCUUUGUCUACCUAUGGUCAAAACUUUCCAGAAGAUGAGGAGUGCUUUUCUACUGCGGGGCUAGUGGCGAUGAGCUGCUGAUUUACGGCUGGAGGCGUUUGCUAGGACAAUAUUCGAUUGUCUAUCCACAGCUUCACUGUAAAUUUUUUUUUUUCUAGAAAAAUUAUGCUACAUGAGAUUUGUAUGAUAGUGACAGAUUUUUCUCAUUUGAAGAGAACUCACAGAUGCUUACCACCUAUACUUGAGAUGGCAAAAGUGCAUGUUUAUUGCUUC